UACGCCAUCUACGUGUACAAGGUGCUGAAGCAGGUCCAUCCCGAUACCGGUAUUUCCUCUAAGGCCAUGGGAAUCAUGAACUCUUUCGUUAGCGACAUCUUUGAGCGUAUCGCCGGUGAGGCCUCCCGUCUGGCUCACUACAAUAAGCGCUCCACCAUCACCUCCAGGGAGAUCCAGACCGCCGUCCGCCUGCUGCUGCCCGGUGAGCUGGCCAAACACGCCGUGUCUGAAGGUACAAAGGCCGUCACCAAGUACACCAGCUCCAAGUAAACUGACUUAAGAUCUCUUCAUUAA